AUGAUAGAAGCUAUCUUGGAGCUGGAGGUCAGGGAGGUCACGCUGAGGGGGAAGAGGAGGGGCCCAGUGUUUCUGUCUGGUAAAGCAGCCGACCGUGUUCUACGGAGACACAAACGCCACAACACAUGUUUGUUUGAGGAGCUGCUGGAAGGCAACUUGGAGAGAGAGUGUCUGGAGGAAGUAUGUGACCUGGAGGAGGCCAGGGAGACCUUUGAGGAUGAUGAAAAGACAAUGGAGUUCUGGGCAGGAUAUGUAGAUGGCAACCAGUGUCAAUCGAACCCAUGUCUGAACCAGGGUACAUGUAAAGACCAACUUGGCACCUACACCUGCGCAUGCAUGUCUGGCUUCACUGGCAGGGACUGUGAGAUUAUUGUAGCAAAAAGAUGUGAUGUGAACAAUGGAAACUGUAUGCACUUCUGCGAUUCAAUGGGAACAUUUGGAGCAAAAUGCUCUUGUGCAACAGGAUACAAGCUGGCGGAGGAUGGGAUCAACUGUGAACCAGAAGUUGAAUUCCCUUGUGGCCAAACUGCGUUGACAACAUUUGGUGCAAUAUCUACAAGGGUUAUCCUCGCCAAUGAGAGUGCAAGCCUGAACGACACAGAUUCACUGACCAACAUCACCACCACUACAUCCCCUCCUUCAACUCCAGCCAGUACCACAACGUCUCCUCCGGCCACAAAUGACCCUCUAGAAAACCAACCCAGAAAGAAACUGCCCCUGUGGAUGGACAGUGACGAUGAGAGUCCAUAUAAACGCAUUGUAGGCGGUGAAGUAGUUAUCCCAGGAGAGAUCCCCUGGCAGGUGGCCUUGGUAUCGCUUCCCAGUGGUCACUUGUUCUGUGGGGGCACCAUUCUCAGCGAACAAUGGAUUAUCACUGCUGCUCAUUGCUUGGUGGAGUCACAUGGCUCCUUCUUCAUCAAAGUGGGGGAGCAUAACAUCUACACCAAAGAGGAAUCAGAGAGGGAUUAUGAAGUGUUGGAACAGCACAUUCACCCACGCUACAACGCCAGCAUAAGCUUGUACAACCAUGAUAUUGCCCUGCUGUACCUCAAAAGCCCUAUCGCCUUCUCCAAAACAGUGCGGCCCAUCUGCAUAGGACCAAGGGCCUUCACUGAAUCUCUAAUGAAGAACUUCUCCCCAGGGACAGUCAGCGGCUGGGGCCGAACACGCUAUCUUGGAGCCACGUCUAACAUGUUGCAGAAGGUUGAGGUUCCCUACACAGAUCGGACAGAGUGUAAGCGCAGCAGUAGUGCCAGGAUCACUCCCUUCAUGUUUUGUGCAGGGUACUAUAAUGUGGCCAAAGAUGCCUGCCAGGGGGACAGCGGAGGUCCUCACACAAACAGUAUUCAUGACACAUGGUUUCUGACGGGCAUUGUGAGCUGGGGGGAGGAAUGUGCAAAGGAUGGGAAAUAUGGUGUAUACACCCGAGUGUCCCUUUACUACCCCUGGAUACGCCACGUCAUGGGAAUAACUAAACACAGGCUGGCAUUUGAUGUGGAAGACCCUGAUCUUUGAAUUUAAAUAUUCUAGAUUUAAAAAAAAAAUAUAACUAGUUUACAGAAGAGUUGUGUCAUGUCAAAUGAAAUAUCAUUUUUUGCUUGAUGCUCUUUUAAUUUCAUAGGAUAUUAAAAAAUUGAAAGAUGAAUUGUUUGUUAUAAAAAUAAUUUGUCCAGCAAUUCAUGAAUCUGAUGGUGAAACACUCACACAGCUGGAAGGUCACAAAUUUAAACUCUGCAAAAGCCAAUGUGUCCAUACCUGUCAGUGUCCUUUAAAAACACUGCCAGAGUGGCAACUUCUGGAUGCUGUUGCACUGACAGUGUGUGUGUGUGUGUGUGUGUGUGUGUGUGUGUGUGUGUGUGUGUGUGUGUGUGUGUGUGUGUGUGUGUGUAAAAUAGAUAUGUAAAAUACAAUUUGUUAUUGUAUAAUUUACAGUUAUUGAAUUCCACAACUAUAGAAGUAGUAAAAAUAUAUAUCAGGGAAUGUUU